AUGGCGAUAUCAAGUGUCGGCAGAGCUUUUCUCUCCUUGCUCGCUCUCUUGUUGCACUUAGCUCAGAUCUCGGCGGAAGAGAAAGUCCAGGACGAGACCUCCGACCCUGCUGAGCUUCUCGAGCGAGGAAAGCUGUGGUACUUUGAAGCAGCAGCCUCCAGGAGCGAGGCUCAAGCCUUGUGGUCCAUGAGAUACCUCAAGAAGUGCAUCUCCGAGCUUGAGAGACCCUCCUCCUCCUCCUCCUCCUCUCCCGAUCAUUCCAACAAACAUUGGAGGAGACGAGACCUACACGCCUCUAGGACGAGGCUUGCAGCAGCAUACUACUACCUGGGAGCGAACCUCCGAAUGCUGGAGAGGAACGAGGAAGCGCGAUCGGCGCUGCAUCAAGUCAAGAUGAUGAUGCCCAAGUCUCUUGCUACACACGCACAGCUCGGGGCCUUGGAGGAAGAGCUUCAUAACUGGACAGCAGCAGAGGAGGCGUAUGAAGCCUGGAGCAUGCUCGCACCGCGCACUGUCAAGGCUCUGAACGCGUUAGGAUGGGUCAAGUUCCGCGCGGGUAAGUCACAGGAGGCAGUCGGCUUGUUCAUGCAGGCAGCGCGACUGCGUCCCGAUGACCCUGAGACUUUCUACACGCUCGCUCGAGGUGCGGAGCUCUACGGAGGCGAAUCGACAGAGUUUUACAGUGCGAGUGUGGUACCCAACUUCACGAGAGCGUACUGGUUGUCCUCCAAAUCGUGGGCGAGUCGAAUGUGCAAGCGGCUGGAUAACAGCAGGCCUGAGGACCCGACUAGGUGUGAGGAGCCUGCAGUUGUAGAGCGCUGGAGAGAGGAGAAGCAUAACCGCAUCACCUCUGUCGCCACCCUGAGCGCUGGAGGGUUUGAUUACGGAGCAGAGGAGGAGGCGACGUCAGACAGCUUUGAGCCGGGCAAGGAGGCGAUAGGCCGAGCAGCCUUCGAGUGGGGGAGGAGGCAGAAGUACAGGGAGCGAGAGGUUGUACACGUCACGCUCAGAAACGUCUACGUGAGCGGCAACGACGCGGUGAUAUGGGAUGAGGAGGGCCGAGUGUACGCGACCCAUCAAGGUGUUCAGAUCCCAUUGUACGCGAACCUCCCCAGUGCUCGAUGCCCUCCGGCCAACAGCUCAACCCCGAGGCUGAGCGAGACUCUCCUCCUCUCGCUCGCCUUCGGCCCUGGGUUCUAUCACUGGCUGGUGGACGCCAUGCCUCGAGCGUGUCUCGCCCUCCCCCGCAUCUCUCCCUCCUCCACUGUGCUGGUGCCUUCCGACUACGGUGCCUUCCACUCCUUCAUCCUCGAGCUCCUCCGCCUCCUGGGCAUCCCCCGUGAGAGGAUCACUCCCUACAACAUCGUGGCGCAGCAUCAGGGGGAGGAAGAAUCCUCCUGCGCUCGCGUGUGGGUGGAGAAGCUUCAUGUGGUCGACUGGAGGAAGGGAGCGGAGGACACACGCCUCGACACUCACCAUCUUCCUCCCCGUCACGCCAUGAGGAGCCUGCGAGCGACUAUGCUGACCCGUCUCGGACUCCUUGACGUGGACCAGGCGGGUAGAUGGCCGCACGUGAUGAUUUACGUCACGCGACGAAAGUCGCAAGACCGACGGGUGGCGAACGAGGAGGAAGUGAAGCGAACGAUGGAGGAGGAGAACUCAUUGCGUCUUCCUCUCGUCCUUCACUCAGACGCUCCUCGUUCUCCCUCCAUGAAAGAGACGGUUGAGAAGUUUUCAAGAGCUCUCGUGGUGGUCGGCAUGCAUGGAGCAGGACUCGCCAACGCCAUCUUCGCUCAGGAUGGGACCCACCUGGUCGAAUUCUCCCUCGCAGAGCCCGGAACGUAUGAUCCUCUUGCUGCUGCUGCUGCUGCUGCUGCUGCUGCUGCUGCUGCCCUUGCUGAGCCGGGAGCGCAUUGCUACGCGCAUCUGGCCAUGGCGAUGGGGUUCGUCUACUGGCAGGUCGGGCUCAAGGACGGGGACAGCGCUCAUGGUCGCCGGUACUCGCAUGUGUCGGCGGAAGAGCUCAGGUCUGUUCUCCAGCGGAUCCCCAGGAGAAACCCCAGCUGA